CUAAAUAUAGGCAGAGAAAACCCAAUAUAACAAUAUAAUCCGAUAUAAUCAGGCACAAGCAGGUACCACUGGCACUAUCAGAUCUCCUUGGCUAUCAUCAGCUAGAUUCUAUCCAAGGUCGCAUUCACUAAGAUGGUUACCAAUAGUAGCACCAACAAGUAUCUUAAUGACAGACUAUUCACCUUUUCUAUUCACAAUAAAGGACAAAAGUUCAAUUCAAAUUUGAAUUCUAGCAAGAAGUCCCUACUUUUUAUUCCAGACCCUAGCGAUAACUCUCCUGCUGCUUUCACAACAGUGUUUCCCAGCAGGACUGAUGCUAAUGAUCCGAAGCACAACAACGACAGCAGUAACCAGCUUAUGACCACCGACAGCAACUCUCAUAGAAAGUCAUUAUCAAUUAACAAUCCUGUUUUCACGAUAAAUACAACUAACUCAAUGAGUUCUUCAUCAAAUGAGUUUUUUUUGCCAGUAACUCCAUAUAAUCCUGCUACCAUCGCUCCCACCCCCCCUUCUACCACUGCCACCACCACCACCACCACCACCACCACUACUACUACUAAUAAUAAUAAUAAUCAAGAUCACAAUAGUAAUGAUAGUACCUCUUAUAUAACAGUAUUAAAUCCAUCCUUAGAGGAGAUCAAAUCACCGUUAAUGAACAAAAAGAUUAGAAAAAUGUUUUGUUUGAAAAAGGAUGAGAAGAAACUAUUUUUACUUAAAUUAUUUCUAAAGUAUAAACCAUACACAUUUAAAAAACGGAAACGAAGAGAAAACUUUGAUUAUAUAAUUGAUGAAUUUAAUUCAAAAUUUAAAUUAAAUGAUAAAAAUGGGUUAUCAAUAAAGCAAGCUAAAAUUGAAAUACAGAAAUUAUUAUUUAUUUAUAAUAACAUCACAAGUAUCGAAAAUAUUGAAAAUAGUAUUAAUGAUAUUAAUAAUAGUAAUAAUAAUAUCGAAAAAAUUAAUAGUAUUGACCAGGUUAUACUAUUAAUUUUUAAAAAUUAUGUAGAGUAUAAUAAGAAAAAUUGUAUUGAUUCAAGAUUUUAUAAUAAUUUUAAUAAUAUAAUUAAUGAUAGCAAUAGCGACAAUGAUAAUGAUAAUGAUAAUGAUAAUGAUAAUGAUAAUGAUAAUGAUAAUGAUAAUGAUAAUGAUAAUGAUAAUGAUAAUGAUAAUGAUAAUGAUNAUGAUAAUGAUAAUGAUAAUGAUAAUGAUAAUGAUAAUGAUAAUGAUAAUGAUAAUGAUAAUGAUAAUGAUAAUGAUAAUGAUAAUGAUAAUGAUGAUGAUAAUGAUAAUGAUAAUGAUAACAAUAAUGAUAACAAUAAUGAUAAUGAAAAUAAUUACCAUAAUCAUGAUCAUCUUAUAAACAAUGAUAUAAAUAUUAUAAAUGAAAUUAAUAAAAUUAAUAAAAUUAAUGCCAGAAAUGAUAUAAGUAAUCUAAGUAAUAUAAAUAAUCUAAGUAAUAUAACUAACAUAGGUAAUAUAAGUAAUAUAGAGAAUAUAAAUACUAGAAGCAAUGAUAAUAGUCAUGGUAAUAGUCACAAUGAAAAUGCUUUCAAUAAUGAUUUGGGUAAUCGAAUAAAUAAUGAGAUUAAUGAAAAUGCUAAUUCAAUUAUAAAAAGAGUAAAAUUUAAUAAUUAUAAUGAGAUUAAUAACAUAAGUAAUAUAAGUGAUAUAAAUCACAUACAUGGUGUAAAUAAUAUAAAUCACAUAAAUCAUAUCAGUGAUAUAAAUCUGAUAAAUGGUAUUAAUCAGAAAAAUGAGUUUCAUGUCAAAAAAAUUGAAAAUAUCAUCAACACUGGCAGUGAUACUGAUAAAGAAAAUAAUGAUUCAAAUCACCAUCAAAAUCAAAAUCAAAAUCAAAAUCUAGAUAAAAACUUAAACAAUUCUAGGGUAAUUACAACUAAAAAUAUAAAUAUAAAUAAAAAUAAAAAUAAAAAUACCAAUGGAAAUCAAAGUAUAAUAAACAGUCAAGAGCAGGAUACUGAUGUUGAUAUUGAAACAGAUAAUAAUCAUAAGAAUUUAAUCGAGACUGAGAAUAAUUUUAAUGAAAGGAAUUCAAAUCUAGAUGACAGAAAUCUAAAUAAGCUGUUGAUUAUUAAAAAUGAUACUAAUAAAGAAAAAGAUAAAGAGAUAUUAAUUGAUUCAAAUCUAAAGAUAAUAAGUAAUGAUUUAAAAAGGUAUACUUCAUUAUCUAGUCAAAGUCUUGUAAUUAGUCACAAUAAUAAUCAGAGUCAUAAUGGUAAUGGAAAUAGCAAUAGCAAUAGUAAUAGUAACAGUCAUCGAAAAGUUCAAUUUAUUCCAUACAAACCUCGACAAAAAGCAAUUAAUCAGAACAAUAGUAAUAAUAACAUGAAUAAUAACUAUAUUAAUAGUAAUUUUAAUAAUAAUUUCAAUGGAAUGAAUUACACUAGUCCCAUAAAAAAUAAUAAUGAGCUAGUAACGAAUAAUUUAGAAAAAUUGAUAGUCAAAUUGAACAAAGAUAUAAAUCAGCUCAAGAGUAACUUUUGCGAGGAAAUCAAUGGGCUAAAAAACGUUAUAAAAGAUCUAAUUAAGGAAAUUGAAACAAUAAAAGAUAAAAAUGAAUGCUAGAUUCUUACAUAUAUGAACUUUUGUCACUUAUAUACUCUGAAUAAAAGGCUGAGCUUAGGUAAUCGAAACAAGGAACAAAUUUGCAUUGCGUAAUGAUUAGUACACGUGAUGUGUUUUAUCAUAUUUUAUCAUGUUUUGUUUUUCUUUUCUCGUUUCUCCGUUAGGCAGUUUUCCUCUUUUACCUUUCACAAGAUCAGAGGAUAAAAGCACAGAGAUUGGAUCAAGUGCUAGGUAGAUAACAGGCCAGAAAGCACAAUGGCAGGAGCAGCAGCAAAGAA